AUGAUCAAAUAAUUAUUUAAGUUAGGCACUAAUGUGUGUGGUUAAAGAAUUGGAUAAAAUUUCAAAUUAUUUAAUUACUAUCAAAGAUUCUAUUUUACAACAGGUACUCAAACUAUUGAUUAAUUAAAAAACAAAUUGACAGAAUUGAAUUCUAAAUUUUAUGAGAUUGAAGAAUACAAACAAAAAGAAAAAAUUAUGUUAGAUGUUAUUGAUGUAAAAAAGUAAUUAAAUACUUUAUUAUUUCCAAAUAAAUAAGAAGAAAAGUAUUUUCAUAUUAUAAAUUUUAUAGUAAAUUUUAUGAAGGAUAUAGAAGAGAUUUAUUAGUACUUGCUUAAUUAAAUUUUGAAAAUGAUAAAAGAGAAGAAUGUAGCAAAUUAUUAAAUGAAAUUAUGUAAGGUGAUUUUAGAAAUGAAUUUAAAGAUCAUAAAGAUGAAAAUUAAGCAUUUUUAACAGGAUUAUUUAUGAUUCAUUGUAUGUCAAAUUUAGAUAAGUUAUCUAUUGCUGAAUAAUCAGCUGGAGAAGCUGUUUAAUAUCUCUAAUACUUUAUAGAUAAUUAAUGUCCUAUCUAUUAAGCUUCAAUUUAAAAUUAAACACCAAAUACAGAAAAUUUAUUUGAAUAAGAAUUAUAACAUAUACAAAAUAUGGUUACACACUUAUCAUUAUAUUCAAAAAUUUGUUAAGAAAGAGGAAAGUUUAAUGAAUCUAUUGAAUAAUUGGGAAUUGCUGCCACUUUACUUGAUAAUACAGGACAUCUAUUUAGAAAAAGUAAUGAUUUCUUAUAAUUUUUAGUAUUUUCUAAGUAAAUUACAAUAAAAACAGAAUUAAAGGAGGAUGAUUUAAAAAGACAUUUUAUGAACAUUCUUAUUAAUGAAGCUAUAAUAUUGAAAAAUUUAGCAAAGUCUUGUUUAUAAUUAGGAAGAUUUGAAGAUGGAAAAUAAUUAAUUGAUGCUGCAUUAACUUACUUUGAUUAUUUAAUUGAAUAAAAAUUAUUGAGUCCAAAUGAUGAAAAUUAUGUUGCUACAUUAAUUGAAUAAUUUAAUUAUUUAUAUCAAACAAAUGGGAAUGUGGAAGAUAUGAAAACAAUCAAGAAUAAACUAGAUGAUAUUGCCAAAAAUACUAAAGAAAAUGAAAAUACACUAUAUUCUUUGAUUAGAUAUGAACUAUUUCUAAAUAAAUACUUUGAUACUGAUAUUUAGAAAUUAAAUGAUUUAAUGUCUAAAAUACAAUAAGAUGUUCCAAUGUAAUUAGAAUUCAAUUAAUAACGCAUUUAAGCUCUACUUGCUAAAGGAGAUCAUAAAAAUGCUUUGGAAUAAUGCAAAGCAUAAUUAAAUAUUCUUAAAUCCUAUUUUGAUUCUUCACAUUAAUUGUAUGGAGAGACUCUUGUUACAUUAUUAGAAUUGGCAAUUAAUGAACAAAAUUACUUAUCAGCUAAAGAUUAUAUUGUAUAAUUAUCAUCAGAAUCAUAUAACAUUACAUACAUUUCUGAUAUUGAAUAGAUUAUUAAAUUCUAAAGAUUAAGAACUGAAUUUUUGGAAAGAUUUAAUUAAAAGGAAUCAACUGAAUAAGUAUAAUUAAAUAUUUAUUUUUUAAGUUAAGAAAAAUUUUAGAUAAGAUUGAAAGUAUAGCAUUUACUAAAUUCUCUAAUUCAUAUAAGAAAAGUUCCCUUUUAGCUGAAUUUUAUAAAUUUAUUGGUGAUACAAAUUUAUAAAAAGAAAAACUUUAAGAAUGUUUAAAUGUUCUUUAAUAAAAUGUUACAUUUGCCAAAAGAGAUGAACUUAUAAAAUCAAUUAAAGACACUAUAAGUAAAUUACAAUGA